UGGAGCAGAACUCACGAACUGUUUCUGGACUCUUCCCUUUCCUCAAACUGGGUCUCUCUCUCUGUAGUCUGUACCCUUUUUUAAGUCCUUCCCCCAACCUUUGUCAAAUACCCAGUACGACGCCGUAUUUUGUCCAAUGUCUGGUCACGGCGGAGUUUCGAUCGGUCGGGCUCGGGGCGAGAACCGGUUCUACAACCCGCCCCCGAUUCGAGAGCGACAACACCAGCAACAGCUUCAGCGGCAGCAGAAGCUUGAACAGGAGAAGCAGCAUCAUCAGAGGCGGCCGGUGUCGGUGUCGGUGGUGGAGUCCGACGACUGUGCUACGUCGCAUAGUUCCGGGUCGGGUCGGGAAGCGCUCAGCGAGGCCGCGAAUUUAGAUCGGUUCCUUGAGUUCACAACGCCCCUGGCUCGAGCUCAUUUUUUGCCCAAGACGAGUAGCAGGGGAUGGAGGACUCAUGAGCCGGAGUUACAUCCCUAUUUUGUGCUUGGAGAUUUGUGGGAAUCUUUCAAGGAGUGGAGUGCGUACGGCGCGGGUGUCCCUCUUUUGUUAAAUGGGAGUGACUCUGUCAUACAGUACUAUGUACCUUACUUGUCUGCCAUUCAGCUCUAUGUAGACCCAUCAAAGCCUCCCACAAGGAUAAGGAAGCCUGGUGAUGACAGUGAUGCAGAGUCAUCGAGGGAGACAAGUAGUGAUGGCAGCAGUGAUUAUGGAGCAGAAAGAGGAAUCAGUGGUGUUGUUGAUGAUGCUUGGAGUCGGCAGAAUAUUGCUGAUGUAAAUGGCCAUGGUUGGAAUAGAGUCUUACCAAGAGAUAAACCCUUAACUGGUUCCUCAAGUGAUGAAAGUGAGAUUUGCAAUCCUCCAGGUCAGCUUGUAUUUCAAUAUUUGGAGCACGAUCAACCGUUUGGCCGUGAACCUUUGGCUGAUAAGAUUCAAGUUCUUGCAUCCCAAUUUCCAGAGCUGAGGACUUACAGGAGCUCGGACUUAUCACCUUCUAGUUGGAUCUCUGUAGCAUGGUAUCCCAUAUAUCGGAUACCUACAGGUCCAACAUUACAGAGCCUGGAUGCUUGCUUCUUGACCUUUCAUUCCCUUUCGACUCCCUUAAAGGGUACAAGCACUGAUAGGCUUCGUCCCAGCGGUGCACGACCUAGAGAGGUUCAAAAUGCCGACUUCAAACUCUCGUUGCCAACUUUUGGAUUGGCUUCCUACAAGUUCAAGGGUUCCUUUUGGAACCCUAAUGGAGUUUACGAAUCUCAAAAGGCUAAUUCUCUAUUGCGAGCAGCUGAAAACUGGCUCAGGCUAUUGCAAGUUCAUCAUCCUGAUUUCAACUUCUUUGUGUCACACAAUACACCAAGGAGGUGAGGAGAGUUGUAUCUCGUCAGCUUGAAGUUAUUAUCCCAAUACAUAACACGGGAUAUAAUCUACUUUUAAGGAUCGUAUUCACCGGCCCGUUUUUCAUGUUAGUGGUUGGAUAACAGUGUGCGCUCUCCUGUCCUUAAAUUAUGUAGAUUUAUGUUACAUCAAAGCAGAGUUGAGUGUGAUUGUGGCUUUUCUGAAGGCUUGAUAGGCUGAGAGAAGAUGAAACUAUCAUUAAUAAAGGCCUUUAAUUGGGAGUGUGCUUCAGAAUGGGCAUCAUGUAUUUUGGAUCAGGGAUUUUGAUGACUACUCGAACUUUGUUUGCGAUUUCACAGCUUAAGAUGAUAUGAUCUUUCAAGGACAUAUCAGUUGCUGUUGACUUUUGUUACUACCAUUUAGAUGAUGGAGAAAAAAGUUUGCUAGUUUUUGUAUAUGUAUCUAUAGGUGUCUUUACUUCCUUACGUUAUGUAUGAAUUGACAGAUCAAUUCAACGUGAAAAUCAUAUGUAUAUGAUAUGUUCCUCUGA